AUGCCCGAUCAUGAUGGGCUUAUGAGGAUAUUUUGGCCCUUGGAUCUAUCCAGAACCGACGCCCCAGGAAUAAUAGUUGGCUGGAGAAAUUCGGGGCUCGAUGUGUUUGUAGUGGCAGUAUUAGAGGAUGUCGAUGCGCGCAGUGUGGAAAAUGCUCUCAAGGUUGGGACGUUGUUUCGAAAUUCCAGUCAUCCCAUGACGCGGAUAUUCGAGUUGUGCGGGCAGUCAUCAAUGCAUGUUCUGGGUCUUGCAAACGCCCCACAAGCCGAGGUCGAAUUGCUUCAAAUCCAAGCCUCCACUGGGCCACAUCUCAGAAAGCCACAGAUCUCUUGCGCUAGAGCCUCUACAAUACAAAUAAUUAUGUUCGAGCGCCCGCUGCCAGGUAGAAUGCAAUACAUAUCCCUUGAUCCUAUCUCUCUAGCAUUGGGGGAUAAGGCCGAGAUGGCGAUCCAUGCUCCAGGAAGUAUGGAUGCGGAAGAGGAGCGCGCCGAGCUGAAGAACAGGCAACGGACCAAGCAGCUAGUUCGGAAGUUAAAACUCCAUACGGUGGCUAAACACCCUCCCUCCCAAAAGGAGCUGGCACUUCCAAGGAUUGUCAGCCAAGUCAACUGCUCCUGGGAGCUGCACAUGCUCCUACAGAAGAACAUAUCUCUCGUUGGCCGACGGUCACGGCGAAGCUUGAGCGUGUCGGAAAGGGUUGUGGAAUCUGCAACAAGCAUGCGAGAUUUCGUGGUGGUAGGCACCUGGCAUUUGAUUACUCUCUACAUAUAUCCAAUUAUACGGAGGGGGUUUAUCAUCAUGCUUCUCUGUCAUCGAGUUGUCGCCGAAGCACUCCUUCUUGUCCUUGAAUGGAGAGCAAAGCCGGAAUACGCCGCGUUGAAAGACAUAUCGGCCACAGCUCAACAAGUGGAGAUCCGCCUCCAACAGUUUUGUUAUUGGCCGAUGCAAUAUAUCACCCUAAGAAAACGCAAAAACGACUGGGAAAGCGUGACUACAAGCCAUCCAGAUUAUAUUAGAUUCUACAAUAGCCUCUGGUUGGUUGCGAAUGAUGUUAUUAUUGGCAUCGCCCUGGGGUCCUACAUCAUCGAUAAUUCUGCCUGGGUGGCCGAAUCCAUCAGCAAUAUCCUUAGCCGUUACUCGAUUGCGGCUUUGCAGAGGACCAUUUCUUGGUUGAUGGACUGGCCUGCUGGGUUAAAGCUUAACAAUGAGCUUGCGGCCUUCCUUGGUGACCUAUUCUUAUGGGUAAUAGACUAUUGGGCUAGUUGCAUUGAAGCUCUUCGGCCUGUCCUCCCACAUCUCAUCUGGUUCAUCGGAUUUUCCAGCUUUGCCGGCGCCAGUAUGCCAAUCGCCCUCUUCUCAGAUCUACUUUCGAUUGUCACACUACAUAUCCACUCUUUCUACAUGGCAUCCGCCCGAAUCUUCAACUGGCAAUACACUAUCCUGCUCUCCCUUUUCCAACUCUUCCGUGGAAAAAAGCAUAAUGUCUUGAGAAAGCGAAUCGAUUCAUGCGACUAUGAUUUGGACCAGCUACUCCUAGGAACCAUCUUAUUUACUCUCCUGUUUUUCCUCCUACCGACGGUGAUCGUAUUUUACCUCACAUUUGCAUGUUCACGAAUGGCAAUUAUAUCCCUCAAGGCAGUUCUAGAUACGCUGUUAGCAUGCCUAAAUCACUUCCCGCUUUUUGCUCUCAUGCUACGAAUUAAAGAUUCCCGAAGACUCCCAGGUGGCAUUCGUUUUGAACUUAAAGAUACCCAACCGCUUGCAUCCUCUUCUCCAGACUCACCUAACCCCCCUCCAACCUCAUACAUCUACCUCAAGUCCGUCCCACUCACUUUCCGCGACAUGUUCCACCAAUACUUCCAACUUAGUCAACGCAUCCGCAAACACUAUCUAUCCCCCCGCGUACUCCUCUGCCUCGCAACUGGCAAGUUUGUGCCGCCUAUCCACCGCAAAAAUCUCUACAGCUUGCAGUAUAGCAUGCUUCCUGCACGCCGUGCUGAUAUUGGGAGUAUGUGGAAUGCGUUGACAGCGAGCACAACAACGAGCGCUUAA